GCAGGAGGUGGAAGAAUCUUGAAGUUUACGGUGUACUUCUGUGGUUUGGGUUCUGUGUGUCCUGGGGAAUACGAAGAUGAACGGGACAGCCUUAAGAAUCCUUAAGGAGCAGAUCAAGAAGGAAAAACUGAUGCGGUGCUCUCAAUGCCGAGUUGCCAAAUACUGUAGUGCUAAAUGUCAGAAAAAAGCUUGGCAGGACCACAAGCGGGAAUGCAAAUGCCUCAAAAUCUGCAAACCCAGAUAUCCUCCAGACUCUGUCCGACUUCUUGGCAGAGUUGUUUGCAAACUUAUGGAAGGAACAUCCUCAGAGUCAGAAAAACUGUACUCGUUUUGUGAUCUGGAAUCAAAUAUUAACAAACUGACUGAAGAUAAAAAAGAGGGCCUCAGGCAACUUGCAAUGACAUUUCAGCAUUUCAUGAGAGAGGAAAUACAGGAUGCUUCUCAGCUGCCACCUUCCUUUGACAUUUUUGAAGCCUUUGCAAAAAGACGAGGUCUCACCAAGUUGCCCAAGCUGGUCUCAAACCCCUGGGUUCAGGCAAUCCUCUUGCCUCAGCCUCCCGAAGUGCUGGGAUUACAGACUUGAGCCACUG